ACACUUUUUCAGUUACUACCAUUGGCUAUGUUUCAGAUGAUAUUAAUGUCACAAAUGAAGGAACAAGUAUGAAAUUUGUUACAAAUGACAUUUUUGGUAGAGAUAGAGAGAAAAAACUUUCAUAUUGCGGGUUAACUGGAUCUUAUUUUGAUGAUCAAGAAAUUCUGAAUGCUUCUGUAUUGGAAACAGAUGAAACUGAAGCAGAAAUCCAUACUAAAGAAACUCCUAAUUGGGAUAAAUGGAUAUGGCCUUCUGACAUUUCUGGAAAAGAAGUUCUCUAUAAAGCCAGUUCCGAAGCAGAGCAUUCACUAAUGCCAGAAAAAUUUAGUAUAAUAAGAUGCGGAGGAGGAAUUGUAUGCCCAAAAUGGAUUUUGGAAGAUGACUACAUAAUGAUACAAUCAAUUUGCACACCUUUUGUAUCACGUCUUGAUGAAGAAGCACAUAAUGAACUUGUAUUUCCCCCGAAUUCAGUAAUAUCAAGUGGAAAUGCUUCUGAAGCAAGUUAUGGUGGUUGGUUUUAUCAUCCACCCGACAUUAAUGUGGCUAUUAGAAGGCUUAGAAUCUCUGGGGAAGUAGCAUUGGAUUGUAUAGACUCGUGCAGAUCACGAUAUAAACAAUUGGAUAUUUCACAACUCUGUGAUGGGGUAUUUAAAGCUAGUAAUCUAAAACUUGCACAUUUAGAAAUGAGUGGCGGGCAUGGUUUGAUUGAUAAACCCCGUUCAACAUGGGAUCAUGUAAAAGGAUUCAUUGGUUAUUUGUAUAUGUUAGAUGAAUUAGCAUGUAAAUAUCCAAAUGCAAAUCUUGUUCUUUUCUGUUCGAUUAAA